AUUUUUAGGUACACGGUCCCGCGGAUGCAUUAUUGAUGCCGUGCUACUCUAUACGUAGGCUGCGCUGUCUCUGCGCCGCCCCCUGCUGCUUGCUGCCCGCCAUUACAGCUGGGAGUCAGGAAUCUCCAUGGGAUGAGUCAGUUACUCCCAGCUAUGAAGAGGCUGCAGUGAGCCCAGGGCGCCUCCUCCUCCUCCGCCGCCUUCUCGUGGACACCCCAAACAUCCUGUUUUCAGCAGGCCAGGAAUGACUUAAAGGGACAGGAGCCUUCUCUAGACCGCAGUGCCUUUCUAACAUGGCAGCCGUACAGACAGAGGUGGAACGCGCCAUCGUCACCAUCGUGACCGCUUUCUUUGAACACGCCGGAGAGGAGGGCAAGAAAGAGACCCUGACGCAGGGCGAGUUCGACAAACUGGUGGCUAAAGAGCUCCCACGUCUGAUGAAGGGCGUCUCCCUGGAGGACAAGAUGAAGGAGCUGGACAUCAACCAGGACCAGGAGCUGAAGUUUAACGAGUACUGGCGGCUGAUCGGAGAGCUGGCCAAGGAAGCCAAAAAAGAGGUCAAAGCCAAAAAGAAGUGAAGAGCCCCCGGAAAGGGGAGGAGCCACCGGGAUCAAAGCCAUCGGAAUGCAUUCUCCAUUAUAGUUUAUUAUAAUAAAAUGACACUGCUUUUCUGA